AAAAUCAGCACCCUGACACAGAAUCCUGCGUUUUUAUCUUUUUUUUUCUCCAGAAAUUGUGGGGAUGGAGAGUGAAAUAGUAAUCAGGUACGGGAUCGUGGGAGUUGGGAUGAUGGGCAGAGAGCACAUGACCAACCUCUCCCACCUCCGCUCCCACGGCGCCGUCCUCACGUGCGUUGCGGACCCUCACCCCGCUUCCCAAACCCUGGCCCUCCAACUCUCGGAAUCCCUCUCUCUAGGUUUUUUUUCUUGUUUGUUUGAUUCAAAAUUAAAGGUGUUUUCGCGGCAUGCGGAGCUGCUGGACAGCGGGACGUGCGACGUGGUGGUGGUGUCGUCGCCCAACAUGACCCAUUUCCAGAUCCUGAUGGACAUCAUCGCUCACCCGAAGCCGCAUCACGUGCUCGUCGAGAAGCCCCUCUGCACCACGGUCCGGCACUGCGCCAAGGUCAUCGAUGCAGCUAAGAAGAGGCCUGAAAUACUGGUACAAGUUGGGUUAGAGUACAGGUACAUGCCUCCUGUAGCCAAACUAAUUGAAACUGCCAAAAGUGGAAAGCUUGGGCAUGUCAAAAUGGUCGCAAUACGUGAGCAUCGAUUUCCCUUUCUGGUCAAGGUUAAUGACUGGAAUCGGUUCAACAUCAACACUGGGGGAACACUCGUCGAGAAGUGCUGUCAUUUUUUUGAUUUGAUGAGACUAUUUGCAGAUGCAAAUCCAGUUCGUGUGAUGGCUUCUGGGUCUAUUGAUGUUAAUCACAAGGAUGAAAUUUAUGAAGGAAAGGUACCAGAUAUCAUCGAUAAUGCAUACGUGAUUGUUGAAUUUGAUAACGGUUCUCGUGGAAUGCUAGACUUGUGCAUGUUUGCUGAAGGCAGUAAAAAUGAGCAAGAGAUUUCUGUUGUUGGUGACAUAGGAAAGGGUGAGGCUUUCGUUCCAGAGAGUGUUGUGCGUAUAGGCACAAGAGCCGCAGGGAGAGCUGGAGUCGAGACGUUAAAGGCUCAGGAUGAAAGAAUUAAGUAUGAUGGGUUGCAUCACGGAUCGAGUUAUUUGGAGCAUCUGAACUUCCUAUCUGCUGUUAAAACUCGAGGAAGUGGCGGUGCUCCUGCUGUCGACUUAAAUGAUGGCUUACUCUCUGUGGCCAUGGGCGUUGCAGGACAACUCUCCAUAGAGGAAGGCCGGUUUGUAACAAUUGAAGAAGUAUUAUCUGUACAGUGAUUGUUCAAAUUGUUAAAUAUGUCUCUGUUUUCUUAUUUAUUGGCAACAGCAUGAUCUGCUGACCGUUCAUGCUGUCAUCUGUAUGUACGCAGUUAUUGUUAUAAUAAGUUUGCAAAAAUAAUUUGUAGUUCA